CUCGCAUUCCCAUUGGCUGACCGUCUCAUUUCACUUAGUUGAGACAAUUUGAGACAGACAAAAAUGUAAAGCAAGUGAAGAGACAUUUAAAGUCCGAGCAGUAGAGAACUGGAAAAUGACAACGCUUCAAUAUUUGGGAAUAUCAGUACUUUUCAUCAUCGAUCUGUUGGGAGCUGUGAAUGCUGAAGUGAAUACAUUGACACGGAGAGAGAGGCAGAAUGUCACUCUACACACUGGACUAACUGGACUACAGGCUGAUAAAAUAUUUUGGUCCUUUGGUCCAGUCAUUCCAAACACCUCAAUAGUUGAGAGUCAGGUCAUCAGAGGAGAGAACAUCACAGAAUUCAAAGGAAGAUUCCCAGACAGACUGCAGCUGGACAGACAAACUGGAUCUCUCACCAUCAGAAAUCUUACCCUCAACAACUCUGGAGUUUAUCAGCUAGACAUUUUCAAUACACACAAAACAUCUCAGAGAUUCUAUCUAACUGUCUAUGCUCUAGUACCACUUCCUCAAGUCAGAAAAAUCCCUGAAGGUGAUUUUCUGGACAGUUCAUCAGAGAAGGGGAGCUGUUCAGUGGUGUGUUCUGUGGAGAACCGGAGAGACAUGACCCUGUCCUGGUACAGAGGAGAGAAGAGACUCAACCAGACCAGCAGCCCUGACCUCUCCACCAACCUGUCUCUCCCUGUGGAGAUAAAGCUACAGGACGAAGAUAUCUACAGCUGUGUGGCUGCCAACCCAGUCAGCAACCAGACAACCAAACUCAACAUUGAAACGCUCUGCCUUCAGUUUGUAGAAUCAGGUCCUAUUCUAAUCACAGUCAUUCCGAUAAUACUCGGCCUACUGUUACUUAUCGGAAUAUACUGCAUCUGGAAAAAGAAAGAUAUUAAAGGGUGCUGUGUAUCCACCUCAGGGAGUCCAGAAGAGGAGGGCUCUGUGGUGUAGCCUACUCUGUCAGACCCUGCAUUUCACCUUCUUCCCCACUGAAGAAAGAUAACUCAUUAGACUGCGUCU